GUUUUUGCAGAAUUCAAUUCUGUUUGCAAUCUUUCUUUUGUGUUCAAGCAUAAUGGCUGAAAUUGCCCUCACCUUCCUCAGCCCUGUCAUUGAGGAGGCAAUUUCCAAGAUAUUUUCGUUUGUUAGGGAACGAAUCGGGAAUGCACUGGGUUUGGAGGAGAAGCUUAAUAAGCUUCGCAGUUCUCUCAAUUUGAUUCAAUCUCUCCUCCAACGAGCUGAACAAAGGCAAGAAAAUGAUCCAGCUAUAAGAGAUUGGCUACAGAAUCUCGAAAAGGUAGCUUAUAAGGCACUGAUUGUACUGGAUGAGUGUGAGUACAAGGUUCUUAAGCACAAAGUUAAGAAUCGUGGGCAGCUCUUGAAACCUGUCAUCUUUUCUCCCAAGUUUCGUAGUCAUAUGACUAGCGAAAUCAAGCACAUUACUGAUGAGUUGGACUAUUUGCAAGGCUUGGCUCCCAUGAUCAACCUGGUGGUCACAUUCAGCGGUCAAACUUGUCCAAUGCAAUAUCAAAAGACAGACUCUUUUCCUGAUAAUUCCAAAGUAAUUGGAAGGGCAGGUGAUGUCUCAAGAAUUGUCAACUUGUUGCUUAACUUGAGGAGCAGUCAACAUAAGAUCUCUGGCAUUUCCAUAGUGGGUAUGGCUGGGGUUGGAAAGACAACAGUAGCAAGAUCACUGUACAAGAAAGCAAAGGAAGAAAAGCUCUACGAUCUAAUGGCCUGGGUGUGUGUAUCUGAGGACUUCAAUGAUCAUAUCAUUUUGGUAGAGAUGUUAGAGCAUUUUGGUAGUAGUGCUGCUCCAAGGAAUAGUAUGAAUGCAUUGCUUGAAGGUCUUGCCAUAGUAUUAGAGAACAAAACUUUUCUUCUUAUUCUUGAUGAUGUAUGGAAUGAUAAUCCUAAAAAGUGGGAUUCUUUCACCUCUCGUUUGUCAAAAAUUCUAAAAACAAGUGGGAGCUCUAUUGUCGCAACAACUCGCAGUGGAAAGGUAGCAUCUGUGAUGGAGUCAAUUCCUAUGCAAAGCUAUAAAAUGCAGGGGCUAUCAGAUAAUGAAUGUUGGUUGAUAAUCAAAGAGAAGUUUCUCAGAUCAUCCAUAGAAACUACUUCGAUGCCUCCAGAUUUGGAAGCUAUUGGGCAGGACAUUGCCAAAAAAUGUGGGGGUUUACCAUUAGUUGCAACUGUCAUAGGAGGGACAUUGAGUCAUCAAGCUGAUGCAGAUACAUGGGAGGCUAUCAAAAAUGAUGAAGCUUGGAAUUUUAAUUCAGGGAAUGGAGAUGAGAUUUUAUCCAUAUUGAAAAUAAGUUUUGAUCGCUUACCUUCUCCUUUAAAAAAAUGCUUUUCUUACUGUGCAAUUUUUCCAAAGGAUUUUGUCAUUGAAAAAGAUGACUUAGUUCAACUCUGGAUGGCUGCUGGAUUUCUUCAACAAUCUAAUGAAAGCUUCAACACAAUGGAGGAUAUUGGUAAUGACUAUUUUAAUCACUUGUUAGCCAAUUCCUUAUUUCAAGACGUGGAAAUGGAUGAAUAUGGGUAUAUCAAAUUUUGCAAGAUGCAUGAUGUAGUGCAUGAUCUUGCAGUGUUUGUCUCCAAAGGUGAGGUUUUGAUUUGGGAGGAGUCUGGUUGCAAUAUUGUUGACAAUUCUAAUGUUCGACACUUGAGAAUUAAGUCUGAGAGGAAAGCGUGUCCAACCAUUCCAAGAGACGUUCUAAAAGGGUUGCAUUCUUUGUUCUCGAGUGUACAUGCUUUCACAAGAAUGGCAUCUGAUCUGAAAAGCUUGCGAUCUUUAAAAUUAGUAGAAGAUGACACAAAAUAUUUGCCAAAUUAUUUAUGCAAAUCGAAGCAUUUGAGAUACGUUGACAUCUCAAGAACUGAAUUCAAUGUCCUGUCGAGAUCCUUUAAUAAGCUCUUCAAUUUGCAAACUUUAAGACUCAUGGGGUGGCCUCAUCUUCUGAAACUCCCUAAGGAUAUGAAAAAUCUGGUUAGCUUGAGGCAUCUUUAUUUCAACAAUGAAAAACAUAUGCCAAAGGAGAUUGGGCACUUGACUUCCCUUCAAACAUUACCACUAUUUUUUGUGGGAGUAGAAAAGGGAUAUAGAAUUGAAGAACUUGGAUGCUUAAGCCAAUUGCGAGGGGAAUUGAACAUUCAAAAACUUGAAGCUGUAGGAUCCAAAUUAGAAGCCUCUAAAGCAAACUUAAAAGGAAAGAAAAAAUUGCAGGGGUUGAAAUUUACAUGGAGUGCACAGAAAGAAGCCAACAACAACCUCAACAAUGAAGAGGUUCUAGAAGGUCUUAAACCUCACCCAAAUUUGAAGAGCUUAAUUAUUCAGCAUUACCAGGGAAAGAACUACCCGUCAUGGGUGCAGGGUGGUGUCAAUAGUUCACUCAACAAUUUAACGAAGUUGGAGCUACGUUAUUGCAAUGAAUGCUUAUAUCUUCCGAGCCUCGGUCUAUUGCGUAAUCUCCAGUUUCUUAAAAUUGUGGGGAUAGAGAAGGUAAAAGGCAUGGGUAGCAAGUUCCAUCUGGAUCAAAGCAACAAUAAUGAUGGAGUAGUAUCGGCUACACAAUUCCCAGCUUUAAGAGAAUUCAGUGUAGUAAAUAUGGAAAGCCUUGAGGAAUGGGUAGAGGUAGAAGGCAUGACCGUGUUUCCUUGUCUUGAGAAGUUGAAUAUUGACAAUUGUCCUGUGUUGAAGACUUGGUUGAUGGAUGGAUUUUCAUCUAAUCAUAAACUGUCUUCCUUGAGAAUAAGCAGAUGUCACAAAAUGAUGGCUAUACCAAGUGUGGACGGGCUUUCAUCUCUUAAAACUUUAUCUAUAGAAGAAUGUCAUGAAUUAAUGAGUGUACCAAACGGAUUGGGAUCUUGCAUUUCUCUUCAGCAGUUGGAAAUUUGCAAAUGCCAAAAAUUGUCUUCUGUUAUAAAUAUAAAUAGGCUCACAUCUCUUACCAGACUUGAGCUUUCUAAUUGUGAUGAAUUAACGGACCUACCGAUUGGGCUGGGAUCCUGCUCUUCUCUCCAGCAUUUGAGAAUUUGGAAUUGUCAUAAUAUAAUUUCAUUUACUGAAGAUGCUCGCGGAUUACAUUCUCGCAGUCAACUGGAGAUCCGUAAUUGUAGAAAGCUGAGAAGCAUUCCAGAGGAGUGCGUGGGUAGACUUACCUACUUGAAGUCGUUAUGGAUAGGUGGUUUCUGGUCGGAGUUGGAGGAAUUUCCUAGACUAACUUUCAUUCAUCAACUCCACGCCUCCCUUGAAGAUUUGUGCUUGUUCGGAUGGGAUAAACUAAAGUCUCUGCCACAUCAGCUUCAGUAUCUCACUGCCCUCAAGAGACUAUUGUUAAGGGACUUCAAUGGCCUGGAAGCGUUGCCAGAGUGGUUGGGAGACCUCUCUUCUCUACACGAGCUGCAGAUUGGGUAUUGCUCUAAUUUGACUCAUCUGCCUUCUAUUGAAGCCAUGCGACGCCUCUCCAACUUACAAUCUCUUGAAAUUUGGCGUUCUCCCAAAUUAGAGGAAAGAUGCGCCAAAGAGAGGGGCCCCGAAUGGGCCAAGAUUUCCCACAUCCCCAAGAUCAUGAUAAAUUGGAUGCACCUGCAGCAGCAAUCCGAAUGAGUGAGGGUUGAGGAUUGUGACUGUGAUUGGGCCGCUCAGAGUUCAUAGAGGCUAGCAAGUCUCCAAAUUCUAUACUGCAUAUUAUUUUCUUUAAAUUUAACAGCUUUUAUUUUUUGGCAUAAAAACACACGGAAUGCGAUUCUUCAAGUUAUGUCUGAUGCAUCUGAUAAAGCUUAAGGGUGUGAAAGCCCAGCAGCAGGAGUAAUUAUUACAUGCUUUCGGUUUUUAAGGGAAGAUGUCAAGUUGAACGAGAAAGGAAGAACUAGACAGCAGGUGUUGAUGAUACUGCUGAUUGCUUUUGUGAUUUAGUUUUUCUAAUAGAAGAUGAUGUCAGUGGCUAAGACAUUGUGCUUAUUGAAUUAAUGACUGGUAUUUCACCAAAAUAUAUCUAUUUAUCUGUAAGUACUCAUUAAAGGUUAGUAAACUGUAUCUAAUCUAAAAGAUGUGGGACAACAGAGUAGAUAUGUUUAUUUUAGCAUUCUACCAGUCUUUAUUGCCUUCAACACUCCUUGAUAGCAAUGUUGCACAUGCCAAACUUAUCCCUCAUUCCACAUUUCCAACAUCAGAAUGUCAGAAUUGAUUUGCAGACUCCAAUAUGCUUGAGGGACACACGAGACUUGGCUGCUGAAAUAUUCCUUUCCUAUAUCAUAUCACUGGUUCAAGAUGCUCCCCUAAUGUCCUGCACUUCUAUCAACACAAGCUGAAGUUUGUCUAGGUUUGACUUCUUUCUUUGUAACUAUAUCUAUCCUUGAUAGAAUAGCAACUUUUUGGUAUACAAAUCUCAGUUUUCAAUGCUUGGGCUGACUAGUCUUGAUAUGGUGUAGGAGAAGACGAAGAAUGUGAAGAUGAUAUUUUAGUUCUCUUUCUCUUUGGUGUAUUGAUUUGGGAUAUGCAACUAAACAGAAAAAACAUGCCAAAAUAAUGUCUUCAAACAUAUGUUCCUGCAGUAUAUGCCAAUUACCUAGAUGUUCUUUUUUCUCUUACCAUGCAAUGUGUAUCUGUCUAAACUGAUGGGAAAAUAUGGAGAUUUUUACCAAGGCAUAAAUGUGAUCAAGUAGAUGAACUUGUGGUCUUAGCCUCUACCUAAGUUGAGUCUUCUCACAAAUACAUUCUCUUUUUCUCUCCUAUAAGAAUUCUCUUGUGUUUGCUGUCCUUCUGUGUGGCUACUAAGCAUUUCAGAUCUGGUCAGUGAGUUCCUUUUUUAAUUUAUUGGCGUUGGUCUCAAUGAUUUCAGGAAUUCUCACAAACACAAUAUAUCUGUUUUUUGUCA